UCACCUGUCAGCCUCAUUCGCCGUCAAGUCAGCAGCCAACAGAGUCAGAUCAGAAGGCGAAGGAGACAGACAGGUGUUGAUUCGUAAGAUCAGUUGACUGCCUUUCCCGCCUUAUAUAUAUAUAUAGUUGUGAAAAUUUGCUGCUGUGAGUGAGUCUCGGGCGAUGAGGAACGCGGCGAUGGCGUGGGAGAGAAAGAAGCGUCGCUGGCCUAUAACUUUGGCUGUUCUUCUGGCUUUGAGCUUUCGAGUGGAGGCGAAGGACCUGGAGGUCAAUCGCCUGGAGAGAACAGACGAAGCAUCAAUAAACAUUUUCUGCGCAACGACCAAUGGAGUCACACCCGACGACAACAAUGACCAGUUUGAACUCAGCUUUCAGAAUCUCCAAGGCGAAGUCGUUAAUCUUGUGUCCACGUCAACAGCCUCCAGUAAUCCACAGGUGUUUGAAGUGGACGUCCAAAGCCUUUACGGAGGCACGAUCGUCUUUAAGUUGGAGCUGAAGAAGAAAGAAGAUCAGUCAAUCAAAGCGUCCACGGAAAUGACUUUUCUAAUGGAAGACGUGUCCAGCGUGAAGGCCAGCUGGGUCGGCGCAAAGCAGGCAUUGGGACCGGGAGCUGUGCUUCGCCUUUACGGGCAUCCCGUGAGUGUCCUGGCUUGUCCCGAAGGAGGGGAAGACAACAAAGACUGUCUUGAAUUCCUGCCGGAGGUUCAUUAUCAAGAGUCUUCAGGCCUCUCUGGUCCUUCGACUGUUCUCUGCAUACCGACGGAGGAAGACCCAGCCCUGCCAUUUUGCCUGGUUUCUGUGGACAUUGAGACCGUCACAGAAACCCCUUACAACGGUGAAAUCCGCCUGAGCCAUCAAGAAGACCAAGCAGCGCCGCCGGAAGGAACCUGGUUCGUAGCGAAACGCUUAGGUACCGGUAGUCAGCGCGACCUUCUGUAUUGGAGCAAUGGAAAUCUUUUGACAUGUCUAGGAAUUUCCUCUUGCAAGAUUGAGGACUUUCCGUCGAGUAAUAAUCAGUACGACGUCUUCUUUGUGGAUUAUCAAGAAGUAGACGGGGAAAUAACAGGAGCCUCCUUAGUCAAGCAGUUUGAAGAUUUCUCCCCCGUCGGGACUGUAAUCGAACCGAACAUGCUGGAAAUACGAUGGACAAAGACGAUGGUGCAGUACGAAUUAAUCCUCACUGACCCCGACGGCGAUGAGAUUACAACAGAGCCGCCGCCUCCGUUCACAUCCACUAUAGCGAAUUGCGGAGGCGAGAGUGAAUGCAUCGGAUACUUCAUCGAUUUGCCGCAGGGAGACUAUAAGGUGAUGAUACGCCCCUGGAAUGGGCUGAACAUGGUCAAGACGAACAGCGUCCUGUCAUCGAAACAAACGAUUCCGACCUCGGAAAGCAAACCUUCAGCAGAUCUCGAAAUACAGGAAGUUCACCUUGACUGGAGUAGCGAUGGGUCAAAGGCUUUCGCCAGUGUAUGUUUCACCAACAAGGCUGAAACCUUAAAGAACCUCUCACAAUUUGAGCUUGUGAUAGUCGACCAAAAGGGGCAUUGGAUUCGAUCCCAAGGUGCGGCACAGAAAACGGGAGAGACUACCUGCUUUACAGGGGUAACUCUAUUAAGCGACGAACUUUUCAUUUCUGGGAAAGUUACCGUGAUCGUAAUCGAGAGAGAUUUCGAUGGACUGAGCGUCGCGGCAAGUGCCCAUACCGAAACUUUCUUUAAAGCGACCUCUGAACUGACCAUCACGAAAUUCGAAAUCGUCGACACAUCUGAACAAAAGUUCUCAAUUCAUUAUUCUGGAGCCUCGGAAACGGCGUCUGAAGGUGACCUGUCCGUCAUCAAUAAUAACUCAAAUGAUGCAACGCAAAUAAAUAUGAAACUGACUGACGUAACGGUCACAGGGGCUGAUUUCGUCGCGCCGGAUAAACUGAUGACCUGGUUAAGCACUAAAAACCUACUCACUUGGGUUUUGCGCCUUCACGUUGGCGAUGAUACUUUCAUGUUUGGUAGGGAGGAUUUCACGUUUCCAGACCUGGAUACCUUCCCUACCUGCAGCCCAGCUCAUCUCGUCGGGAAGAAGCAACUGGUGCGACUCAACUGCAAUGAUCAAUCUCUCGAGACGGACACGGUUGUGAUGACAGAUGACGACCUCGCCAUCCAAGCCAGCACGGGCGUCAAGGGCGUGAACUACCAUCUUUUGGGCGAGCCGGCUACUUUACCAGCAUACAUACAGUUGUGUAGGAAAGCGGAAGAUAACACAGACGUCGAUAUAUGUACUAGGCAUAUUGAAGUGAAUACUGUGACAGCUGAUGCUGGUGCUAUGAAGGCGAUCACGGUGGAGUACGAAGCUAAGAUCUCAGUACAGCAGACUCCUUCAGACGAAAACAUCCUUGACGGCCUAGUGUACUAUUACCAAAGGGACCCCGAUACACCCACGAUAAAGUAUUGUGUUCAUCAGAAUGAUUGUGAAAUGCAGGGAUACAUCGGCGUCGAGGAUAUUGAAGUCUUAGUCGUGUAUGUGGAUGCCACUCAAGGGGAGCCUGUGGAGUCCCAACAGACGACGGUGUAUGGUCUGGAGUUGAGAGGCAAGCAGCUCUCGAACACUUUGUAUGAAUUAGCGAUUAAGAAAAUGCCAGACAGAGACGUCUACCAUGUCAUCAUGGAAAAUACCUCACCCCCGGGGAUGGAAGCCAGAGCGCCGAACUCCACCACUGCCAAAGUGAUGUGCCAGGAUGUGGAAAUAAUGUGUUAUGCCUUUUUUCCCCUAACGGCCGGUGCCAAAUAUAAGGCCACUGUCAGACCCUAUGAUGAUAAAGCUGGAGAAGGAGUUCCUGAUAACAUGAACCAGAUUGUAUCGCGCGAAAUGUCAGCAUUACAGUACAAGAGAAAGAGUGGUACUAAGGAUCCGAAGGAACUUAUCCUGAAACAAGUAAACCACGUGAAGGCGGACGCGACCAGAUUCAGCACAGACGUAACGGUUUUUAACGGAGGCGAAGACAUUAAUAACAUCACUAGUGUUAGACUGGUCAUCACACACGUCAACGAUGACGGCAUAGUAGAGGAAUACGAGGCGACAUCGAACGACGUGGACGAUGGCACUAUUCAGCAGAAUGAAGAGAAGGUCUUCCGCUUCGAUAUCAACUCAAUAGAUGUCCUCAGCCUAGUGCUCUUCAUUGCGGAAGAUGAAAGUAACGAUGCUCUGGCGAUAGCAGAAGUGACGGUUGAAUUCCAGAGUCUCGACCCCACAAUGAGCUGGGUUGGCGGGGAAGACAUGGCGCCUCUGAGAGUCAACACGGACAACGAUGUAGAAAUCAACGGGAUUACCUUCAAUGCCGGAACAUCUUAUUCCUUAAACUUCGACAACGGCCCUGUCGAAGUGUGUGUAACCCUUGACAACACAUUGCCUGCCGGAGGAACAGUCAGACAAUGUGAUCUGACUCGGUCUAUUAAAAGCUUCAUAGAUAUGGUCGUGAAUGAAGUAGAGCUGAAUACUAACGACGGAAAACAUGUCAUGACUGUAACCUCGACGUUCAGUGGAAUGGAAGCUGUCUUGUACAACCCCGAGGACAACGGCACUGUAGGCGUAACCUUUGAGUGUGACACCGAGAACACAUGUUUUUCUGACAUCACUGAUCAGAUGGCAAAUUUAAGCCCCGUUUUCAAAGUGCUUGUCGUGGGCGUGGGUGCACCAGAUGUUACCGGCGCAAAAGUGGUAGAUUUUGAAGAUUUCCAGACUCUUGUCCAGAGAUUCAGUGACGCUAGCGACCUCGAGGUUAGAUGGCAGUCCUCCAGCAACCAAGAUUUUAAUGUACAUCUUAACAAUGACGUUUCCGAUGGCGUUGCCGACAUAGCCGUUCAGUGUGGCGGGACUGAACAAAGGGCCUGCAAAGCAUACUUCACCAACCUGAAUCCAGAUACGGUUUACACAGCGAAAGUGAUUAAGGAUAACAUAGCUGUGUCUUACAGAACCCCGGCGAACGCAGGUGCAACCAUCCCUCUUUCCAUUACUCAACUCUACGAGGUGUCUGCAUCUCCCUUGCAAACGAAGCUCACGUUCUCGGCCGAUGCAAAUGUCACAGGGGUUGAAUACGUCGAAUACGUGGUGAUCGACGAUGGUGAUACCAAUGGCGAGGCAACACAACGCAUCGUCUUCAAGGACACCACGAUGGACAUUACCGCAGGAGACAACAGCAUUAUAUUCGAGGUUGCGGAACUGCCGAACCCAGGCGCAGAGUCGACGGUUCUGGUGGUUGUCCACGGGGCUGACGGUGUCGACUCCGACGCUCUGGCUGCCGGGAAGGUCGUUGCUGUUUUUAAAGCUGUCAAGCCAACUAUGAGCUGGGUUGGCGGGGAAGACACGGCGCCUCUGAGAGUCAACACGGACAACGAUGUGGAAAUCAACGGGGUUACCUUCAAUACCGGAACAUCUUAUUCCUUGGACUUCAGCAACGCCGCUCCUUCUAUCGAAGUGUGCGUGAGCAUCGAGAACACAGCGCCCGCCGGAGGAAUAGUCAGGCUGUGUGAUCUGACUCAGUCUAUAGAAAACGUCAGUGAGCUGAGUGUGGACAAGAUAGAGCUGAAUUAUAACGGAGGAGAGCAAGUCAUGACUGUGUCCUCGACCUUCGCUGGAAUGGAAAUUGUCCUGUACGAAGACGGAGCCAGCGGAGUAUUACCCGAAACCUUUUCUUGCGACACCCAGGACAUCUGUUCUUCUCUUAACAUCAGUGACCAAAUAUCUGAAUUAAAUCCAACGUUCAAGGUCCUCGCCGUGGGUGUGGAUGCAGGGGCAGUCACAGGGGCAAAGGUGGUUGACUUUGAAGACUUCAAGGUCCGUGUUCAGCGACUUCCUGUCGCCGGCGACCUCGAGGUUAGGUGGCGAGCCUCCAGCAAGCAAACCUACAAGAUCCACCUGGACACUGAGGUUCCAGACGGCUUCACUGACGUAUCCGUGCAGUGCGGCGGAGCGGGAGCGGCCGAGAACAGGGCCUGCAAAGCAUACUUCACCAAGCUGGAAGCAGAAACGCCCUACAAGGCAGAGCUGCAAAGGGAUAACACAGUUGUUUCUGCCACCGUGCCAGCAACACCCGGAGCUUACACGCCUGUCACCAUUACCCGCUUCACGGAGGUGUCUGCAUCUCCCUUGCAAACGAAGCUCACGUUCUCGGCCGAUGCAGAGGUCACGGGGGUCGAAUACGUCGAAUACGUGGUGAUCGACGAUGGUGAUACCGAUGGCGAGGCAACACAACGCAUCGUCUUCAAGAACACCACGGAGAACAUUACCGCAGGAGACAACAGCAUUAUAUUCGAGGUUGCGGAACUGCCGAACCCAGGCGCAGAGUCGACAGUUCUGGUGGUUGUCCACGGGGCUGACGGUGUCGACUCCGACGCUCUGGCUGCCGGGGAAGUCACAGUGGUCUUCGAAGUUCUCAACCCCACAAUGGCCUGGGUCGGCGGGGCAAACACGGCGCCUCUGAGAGUUAGCACGGGCAACGAUGUGGAAAUCAACGGGGUUGCCUUCCGUGCCGGAACAUCUUAUUCCUUGGACUUCGACAAUGCUCCUCUGUCUGUCGAAGUAUGCGUGACCCUCAACAACACAGCGCCCGCCGGAGGAAUAGUCAUGCAGUGUGAUGUGACUCAGUCUAUAGGAAACUCCGAAGCUAUGACUGUCGAAGGGAUCGAGCUGAAUUAUGACGGAGGAAAGCACGUCAUGACUGUGUCCUCAACCUUCGCUGGAAUGGAAGCUGUCCUGUACAAAGACGGAGCCAGCGGAGUAAUACCCGAAACCUUUUCUUGCGACACCCAGGACAUCUGUUCUUCUCCUGACAUCAGUGACCAAAUAUCUGAAUUAAAUCCAACGUUCAAGGUCCUCGCCGUGGGUGUGAAUGCAGGGGCAGUCACAGGGGCAAAGGUGGUUGACUUUGAAGACUUUCAGGUCCGUGUUCAGCGAUUCAGUGCCGCCGGCGACCUCGAGGUUAGGUGGCGAGCCUCCAGCGAUCAAUCCUACAAGAUCCAUCUGGACACUGAGGUUCCAGACGGUUUCACUGACGUAUCCGUGCAGUGCGGCGGAGCGGGAGCGGCCGAGAACAGGGCCUGCAAAGCAUACUUCACCAAGCUGGAAGCAGAAACGCCCUACAAGGCAGAGCUGAAAAAAAAUAAUACAGUUGUUUCUGCCACCGUGCCAACAACGCCAGGAGCUUACACGCCUGUCACCAUUACCCGCUUCACGGAGGUGUCUGCAUCUCCCUUGCAAACGAAGCUCACGUUCUCGGCCGAUGCAGAGGUCACGGGGGUCGAAUACGUCGAAUACGUGGUGAUCGACGAUGGUGAUACCGAUGGCGAGGCAACACAACGCAUCGUCUUCAAGAACACCACGGAGAACAUUACCGCAGGAGACAACAGCAUUAUAUUCGAGGUUGCGGAACUGCCGAACCCAGGCGCAGAGUCGACAGUUCUGGUGGUUGUCCACGGGGCUGACGGUGUCGACUCCGACGCUCUGGCUGCCGGGAAAGUUGUAGUAACAUUUGAAGCUAUAAACCCCAAAAUGACGUGGGUCGGAGGCCUAGAUACGGCGCCAUUGCGAAUCGUGAGCAGUCAGAAGCUGGACGUCAACGGGAAAACAUGCGACGCCGGAACGUCUUACAUCCUGGAAGCCGUUUCGACUCCACCCGAGUUGUGCGUGGCCCUCGAGAACGCGGCCGACGGAGGGACGGUGCUGCAGUGUGAUGUGACGCAGACUAUUGAGAACACUAUAGCUAUGACUGUCGAAGGGAUCGAGCUGAAUUAUGACGGAGGAAAGCACGUCAUGACUGUGUCCUCAACCUUCGCUGGAAUGGAAGCUGUCCUGUACGAAGACGGAGCCAGCGGAGUAAUACCCGAAACCUUUUCUUGCGACACCCAGGACAUCUGUUCUUCUCCUGACAUCAGUGACCAAAUAUCUGAAUUAAAUCCAACGUUCAAGGUCCUCGCCGUGGGUGUGGAUGCAGGGGCAGUCACAGGGGCAAAGGUGGUUGACUUUGAAGACUUCAAGGUCCGUGUUCAGCGACUUCCUGUCGCCGGCGACCUCGAGGUUAGGUGGCGAGCCUCCAGCAAGCAAACCUACAAGAUCCACCUGGACACUGAGGUUCCAGACGGCUUCACUGACGUAUCCGUGCAGUGCGGCGGAGCGGGAGCGGCCGAGAACAGGGCCUGCAAAGCAUACUUCACCAAGCUGGAAGCAGAAACGCCCUACAAGGCAGAGCUGCAAAGGGAUAACACAGUUGUUUCUGCCACCGUGCCAGCAGCGCCAGGCUUAGGGAUACCAGUGACCAUCACUGAAAUGGCCCAGGUCUCGGAAUCGCCUCUACAGACGCAACUGACGGUCACGGCUGACAGAGAAGUCAUAGGCAUUGAAUACAUUGAGUACGUGGUGAUUGACCCUCCUUCCGGCAACGAGGCGACGCAACAGAUCACCAUCAAGGACGUGAAUUGUAUCAUUAACGUGGAGACGCCCGUGGUGUUCGACGCUCAGCAGCUGCCAAACACAGGCGUCGAGGUGACCAUCCUUUUCGUCGUGCAUGGCAAAGACGGCGUGGACUUCGAUGCCCUGGCCGCCGGGAAGGUCGUGGUGACCCUCAAGGAUAUAAAGCCAACCAUGAACUGGGUCGGAGGGCCAGACACGCCGCCUCUGAGAAUCCACACAAACCAGGACCUGGUGAUCAACGACAUCCAGUUUACCGCAGGAACGUCCUACUUACUGAACUUGGACGGCGCUGCCUCUCAACUCGAAGUGUGUGUGACCCUCGGUACCACAGUGCCCGACGGAGGAAUAGUUAACCAGUGUGAUUUGACUCAGACUCCAGGAAAUGUUAAUGACAUGGAAGUGCAGAAAGUCGAACUGAGCCACGAAGCGGAUGGCAAGUCCACAAUAACCGUUUCGUCGACAUUCAAAACCAUGGAAGCUGUUUUGUACAAUGCCGGAGACAGCGGGAGAGUAUCGGAGAGUUUUUCGUGUGAGACCGAGAAUACAUGUUCAUCUGACGUCACGUCAAUACUGUCUGAACUAAAAACCACGUUUAAGUUCCUUACUGUGGGUGUGGAUGGAACCGACACCGUCACAGGGUCCAGACUGAUUGAUUUUGAAGACUUUCAGACUAGUGCCCUGAGGUUCAGUGACGCCGGCGAUCUCGAGGUCAGGUGGCGAGCUUCCAGUGACCAAUUAUUUAAUGUACACGUUAACAACAAUAAUGAUCUAGGCUUUACUGACGUAUCCGUUCAGUGUGGUGGGGCGGGAGAGGCUGAGCAAAGAGCUUGUAAAGCAUACUACACCAUGCUGAAGGCAGGUACGGCGUACAAAGCGGAGGUGAAGAAAGAUAACGUGGCCGUGUCAACCGCAGUUCCAUCAGCUUCAGCAUCUGUCACGGCCCUUAAUAUCAUUCGAAUCUCCGAGGUGUCCAAAUCGGCCUUGCAAACACAGCUGACGGUUUCGGCUGCAGCGGAGGUAACCGGGAUCCAGUACUGGAACUAUAUUAUGAUCGACCCUCCGGAGGAUAAGAUAGCUCCGCAGCACAUCGCUUUCAGUGGCGCCCCCGGCAGCAUUAACACAAGCAGUUGCAUUAUCACGUUCGAAGAUGUUGAUCAGCCCCAAACUCUGGUGGAGGUGACGGUGUUAGUGGUUGCUUACGGGGCAGAAGGGAUGGACGGCGACAUUCUAGCUUCAGGAAAAGCCCUUCUGUACUUUGGAGACAUAGAACCUCCCAAGAUGACGAAAGUGGGAACAGAGGAACUGAAAUCUCUGAAGGUUGAAACGGGUGACUUGGACUUGAGGGUUAAUGGCGAAAUGUGUCGUGCUAAAUCCGUUUGCUAUUUCCUUGAGGUUGAUGACUAUUUGGAGCCUCCUGAAGUGUGCAGGGAUACAGGAUCGGGCGUGGAGCAGUGUGACAUGACCGCAAGCUAUAUUCAGCCAAAAGCUUUGGCUAAUCCGGUCGUGGACCUGAUGUACAGAGGCAUCCCGGAAGAGGAGUUGACUGUCACUGCAGAAUUCGAUGCCAAUUCCGUCACCAUGGAAACCAUGAUUUAUGAUGACGCUGGAACAGAGACAUCGAGUCCUUUAACAUGUACCAUCGAAAGAAGCAGUUCCUGUGUGUUUACAAUGACACCACAGAACACAAUAUUUAAAAUCUUACUGAUGGCUUUGGACAACCUGGGCGAUACGGUUGAGUCUAACGCCAUUGAAUUUGAAGAUUUCCAGACACGCUUGGAACUGGUUUCCUCCGAUGCAGCCCAAGUUACAUGGAAAACUUCAAAAGCCUCCAAUUACACGGUUAAAUUGGACCCUCCUCCGGUUGGUUUCCCCGACGUAAUGCAAGUGGAAUGUGGUGGUGACCGUAGCCCGUGCAUAUCGUUCUUCCUUGGAGUAACGGCAAGUGAGGGAUACACGGCGAAAUUAAACAAAAGAGAUGACGGAACAAGAAGUGUGUCGGCUUUCUUGCAAAUGGAAGAAAAAAGUAUUUCCACGCCUAUAAUCAUCACGAGCCUAAUCGCGAAGGAGGAGGGAGACAAGAAGCCAAGUCUCUCCGUGUGUUUCAAGGACGACCUGCUCGCGAACGGGGAGAGCAGAGACGCCAUGACCCAAACGGGGAACCUCAAAUACAGCUUGGUGGUCGUGGAUGCGCUCGGCCGUCACUUCUCCUCACCUUCAGAUCUAUUGUCUCUCUCGUCGUCCACCAACGUCGAGGACGACCUGUGCUUCAGUGCCAUCUCGCUCGGCCUCGACCUCAACUUAAGGAAAAAAUUGAGGGUCUUUGUGAAGCGCGAGGGUACGGGUGGCGAGAGAGUCCGCGCAGUUGGGGAUAUUGAGGUCCAUCUUUUGGACCCACAGGGACUAGUAGACGUGAGGCAAAUAGGACCAAGGACCGUGAGAGUUGGAUUGAAUGACGCGACUCGGGCCCUGGGUUACGAAGUCCGGAUUGGUGACCAACGGCUGGCAGCAGGGUGCGAUGGAGAUCCUGAGACAGAGUGCGUACGAUACCUUCACGUGGACAGAGGAGAAUCGUCUCUUUCUGUGAAGGCAGUGGGUGCGCGCGUGAGCCAGGAAGUCGAGGUGCCCCUUUCGCUGCGGGACCUGUCGACCCUUCGUAUAUACAGCACUGUCUUGACCGAGGACAAUCGCCUGCGAGUGUGCUUCGACCCCAUCCCGAAGGCGUACCAGUAUCUCCUAGGCCUAGAGGACGAGAAAGGCCUUGUGCUGGAGUCCAGGCGGGUCUUCCCCCAGCAGGAGGACGACUUAACCUGCGUUCUCAGCGCGGAAGAGGUCGACUUGGGAGGCCACUUGACUCUGCGGACGAUUCUCACAGCCUUCGAUGCCUCGGAGAAGCCUGUGGCCUCAGGAACCGCCACCGUACAGGAAUUCUUCCUUAGCCCCAAGAGGAAGGUCUUCGCCGUGACCAACGAGACCAACCACGACCUCAUCGCCACUUGGUUCCUCCUCGACGACCCAGAGAAAGUCACCACCUAUUACGUAACCCUCGAACAAGCGACCGGCGACAGAAGGAAUGAAGACCCGAUGGUACUAAGCAGAACGAGUACGUCACAUGUUUUCGAGGGCGUGACAUCGGGGCGUUACUCCGUGUGCGUCGUUGCGUCUGCCGAAGGUGCUGACACUGUCUUCAGGAGUCGAGAAGUGUGUAGCGACAUUGUCUCCGUCCCUAGUGCUAAGGUCGAAAUCCCCGAAGUGGCCGAAAUGGAAGUGAAAUCCACCGGGCUCGAGAAGGCACUCGUGACGUGGCAGAAGACCGAAGCCGAAGAUGACGUCACCAGUUACGUCAUAACUUGGACGAAAGCCGCCCCGAGUACGAGUAACCAGGCUAGACUAAGGCAACCACUCCCCCUCGUGGCCCAGGGUUUCAGAGACGUCGAACAAGAGCGGCAUCACAGGAUCGUCCCCGCGUCGAGUCCCAGCUUAGAGGUCCUGGCUCUCGAUCCCAGAGAGGGCUACGAGAUCUGCGUCAGCGCCGUCAGGAAGGACGUUGCGGGAAAUCACAAAUGCAAAGGGAUUGAACUCGGGAAGGACGACCCAGUUGACUCGCCCACUGACCUGGUCUUCGAGAACGACCUCCUCAGGUGGAACAGGGUUGUCUCGGCGUCUGGUUACCUCGUGGAAUGGCGGCCUCGACUUGGAGGAAUCAACCAAGGAGGUCAGGAAGAGGUCAAGGCGACGAGUUGGCCGGCUGGAAACCUCUCGCCAGGGCGGUGGGUGGUGAGCGUAAGGGCGGAGACGGAGACGAGUGCGAGUCAGGCGGUAUCUGCGGAAUAUCUGAAGAAGGGCAUAGAAAUCGUCUCAGCUGUUCAAUCCAAAAACAAUCAGCUGUUACUCCGAUGGCAAGAGUUACCGAGACCUCCCUGUGCCGAGUCGAAGUGCAACUACAAAAUCACGAUCUCCCACGAUAAGGCACCCUUCUGGCACUCUUGCUCGGGGCUGAAGGACGACUGCGAGAGAGUCAUUCAAGUAGAAAGUGGCUCUCAGGUGGAAGUGGCACUGGAAAGGGAUGGAGUGAAGAAUUCGAUAAAGGAAGUGAUUUACGAUUUCUCAGAAGUGUCAGGGCUGAGCCAGCGAUCCUCGCCAAGUGCCAGGGAAGUGACAGUGUCAUGGACUGCGGUAGACGAAGCUGAACUCUACAACGUGACUUUAUUCGCCGACAGUGCCCGAUCCUCCAUUAGACUCACGGAGAUGAUUAGUCGGGAAACACUGACACUACAAGAAGCUAACAUGGCUGACAACGUACUACUCAUUCAACCCUGCGCAGACAAGUAUCAUUGUGGGACCGGCCGGAAUAUCACGGUGAUGUCAGCUGCAGACUCGUCCUCGGCUAAAGUGCCUGUUUUCGCCACGUCGGUCGCGGUCGGCGUCCUCCUCCUCGCUGGCGUUGUCCUCGUGGCUGUUGCUGCUGCUAUAAUGAAGAAAACGAGAAGAAAGCGGACGGAGGACACUUGGCGUCUUGAGGAAGUCAAUAGAGCGCCCGCAGAGAGCAGCCUGCAAAGCGUUCACCAAGUCAUCUCGCUGUCAACCUUGUCUAUUGAGGGAAAUAAGCAACAGUGACACUUGGCAGUUCGAGUUACACCUUAUUAAUUUCUAGUUAAUUUUCGAUAAUUUUCUUAAUGUACGUUCUCUGGCCUGAAGAUAAUACUUCGUAACUGGAAGCGAAUGAUAAAAUUUGUGAUACCUGGAGAUAUUUCGUCUGUUUGUAAGCAAUAAAGAAUCUAAUGA